UGUGUCUUCGCGGUGUAGUUUUGUUCUUUGAUUUUUAUUGUUAUGAUUCAUCCGUCUGUUCAUUUCACCUGUGUUUUGUAAAAGUGUUUUCGAAAAAAAGUUUAUGUGUUAUAAUUAAAUUUGAACACAUGUGUUUCUUCAUUAAAUUUCUAUUUUUGGAUUAAUUUGUUCUUUGUUAUAGAUUUAUACAGGCGUGGAGUGGGAAAUAUUUUUGAAAACAAGAAUGAGAUAGUAAACAAUUAAAAAUGUUACCAAUAAUUUUUUUUAUAAUUGGACUUGUCCAAAUCGUUUGUGGUGAAUAUAUACCACCUGGUCCAAAAUAUUUAUGUCCAGACAAUCCAAUUUUAAUACAUCCUUGCAAGUGUAUUGGGAAUGGAGAUGCCGGUAUACGUGUAGAAUGUAUUAAUACAAAUUUAGCAACAAUGAGUAUUGGUUUAAAUAAUUUAGCAACAUAUAAAUUACCAGUUGAAGAAUUGAUUAUCGAUCAAUGUAAUAUUGGUCGUCUAUAUGGUACACUAUUCCACAAAUUAAAAAUCCGUAUCUUAAAAAUAAAAAAUACACCAAUUACAACAAUCGAUGAACAUACAUUCCAUGGUACAAAUAAAACAUUAAAUGAAUUAUAUAUUACAAAUACCACAUUACAAGAAUUCCCAAAACUAGCAUUUCGUAUAUUAGGUAAUCUAACAAUAUUAAAUAUUGAUCAACAUCAAAUAACAGGAUUAGCAACAGAUGCAUUUGGUGGUAGUGAAAUGGUUAAUAAAUUACAAAAGUUUCAUUUAACCAAUGGUAAUUUAACACAAUUACCAAUUGAAACAUUAACACCAUUGAAGAAAUUAAAAUUAUUGGAUUUACAUGGUAAUCAAUUACAAGAAUUAAAACGUAAUCAAUUUCGUGGUUUACGUGAUACAGAAAUGUUAGAUUUAAGUUUUAAUCAAUUGAAGAAAAUUGAUUCAUCACAUUUAGCGGAUUUAACAAAAUUAUCGUUUUGUAAUGUAUCGCAUAAUAGUUUAACAGAAUUAACAAGAGGUGCAUUUGCACGUAAUGCCGUUCUACGUGUAUUAAAUAUGUCAUUCAAUAAAAUCCGUCGUUUAGAUUCAAAUUCAUUUCGUGGUAUGCGAUUUUUACGUCGUUUAUAUUUAUCCGAUAAUCAAAUAGCCGAUAUUGGACGUGGCACAUUUGGUUCAAUUACACGUAUUGGUACCAUUGAUUUGGCACGUAAUCAAAUAAAAAAGAUUGAUUAUCAAAUGUUCUAUCAAUUGAAUUAUGUUGAAAUUAUUGAUGUGUCUGAGAAUCAAUUAACAGAAAUUCAGAAAUUAUCAUUUAAAGAUUUAUAUUUAACACAUAUUAAUUUAUCACAUAAUGCUAUCGAGAAAAUUGAGGUGAAUUCGUUUGAAAAUUGUGCAAAUAUGACAAUGUUAGAUUUAUCGUACAAUCAAAUUCAAUCGAUCCCGAAACGAGCUUUUGAUGAGACAACAUAUGCGAAUGAAUUACAGUUGUCUUUUAAUUUAUUGGAAGAAUUGAAUCAGAUACCAUUACAUAAUAUGAGCGGAUUACGGAUUCUAAACGCAUCCCAUAAUAAUAUCGUAUCUAUACCACGUUUAACAUUCCCGAAACUAUACGAAUUACAUACAAUUGACGUGAGCCAUAACAACAUAUCCGAUAUAGCUAAUGGCGUUUUCCAAACGUUAUUCAGUUUACGUUCAUUAAAUUUAAGUUACAACAGUUUAACGUCAAUUAAACCAAGUACAUUUGGAACAAUUCCAACAUUAUUAGAUAUCGAUUUAAGUUACAACGAAUUAAGUGAUAUUGCAAGAAGUGCAUUUACUAAAUUCUCAAGUACUCGUGUAUUAAAAUUACAUCAUAAUCAAAUUGAACGAAUAUUUCAAUUGCCCAUAUCGGUAGGUGAAGUGGAUUUUAGUUAUAAUCGAUUAACAUCAAUACCGGAAAAAGUAUGGCCCACAAUGAAUGCUGUUUUGAAAUUAAAUUUUCGUGGUAAUCAGUUCGGUAAUAAUUUAGAACGUGGUAGUUUUGGAUCAUUGUUAACGUUACGCGAAUUGGAUUUAAGUGAGAAUGGUAUUAGUGAAAUUCCCUGGGAGGCAUUGGGUGAUUUGACAUCGUUGCAAUAUUUGUAUUUAGAGAACAAUAAUUUAACACGUUUACGAAGAGCAGCAUUUGGUCGAUUACCUGUCGUAUUUGAAUUAAAUUUGGCAAAUAAUCAAAUCAAUAAUAUAUCAUCGCGUGCAUUUGAUGGACUGUUACAAUUGUUAACAUUAAAUUUAACUCAUAAUGAUAUUACAUACAUUCCAAACGAUGCGUUCCAUGGAUUGGUAUCACUUCAAACAUUGGAUUUAUCAUAUAAUCGUAUUGAAAAGAUGGAUAACAAAACAAAUGGUAUAUUAGAAGAUUGUUUAUCGUUGGAAAGAAUUAAUCUUAGCCACAAUAAAAUGAGUUUUAUUACACGUAAAACAUUCCCAAGCAGUCCAUGGAUACCAUAUAAAUUGAAAGAUAUUGAUUUAUCAUAUAAUGGAAUUCCAAUUAUAACAUAUGAUCUGGUUUUUGGAACGGGAAAAGUACAAAAUUUGAAUUUAUCACAUAAUUCUAUUACUGAAAUACGAAGAGGUGUAAUUGGUAAUUUAACAAACAUAAAAGUAUUGGAUUUAUCAUACAAUGAUUUAGAAGACAUCGUAACUGAAAAAGAUAUCUUUAAUUUACCAUCAAAUAUCACCGAAUUAUAUUUAUCACAUAAUAAAUUAAAAGCAGUACCAAUUAAUAUCAUUAAAAAUAGUACAAAAUUAACGCACUUAGAUUUAAGUUACAAUCUAUUACAUACAUUUGAUACGGAAUUAGUAACAAUGAUUAAAACACAAGAUGUACUAAUACAGAUGCAUGGUAAUCCAUUCGAUUGCAAUUGUUAUUUACGUCCAAUUAAAAAAUAUAUUACACAACAAUUAUAUUUAAAUGAUACAUAUCGUCGUUUAGAGUGUGCUUUACCGAUACAAUUAACUGGACAAUAUUUGUAUGAAGUAUCAGAUGAUCGUUUGAAUUGUGUACAAAAUAUUGAGAAUAAAUUAAAGUUGUCAUCGACAUCCGAUUUGUUUGAUGUUACAUCGGAUAUUAAAUUUCGUGAUGUUAAAUUUUCUAAUAAAAAGAUCAGCUUACGUUGGCUUGUAAAUAAUAUCGUAGAUAUUGCUGAUUUCUACGUGACAAUUCGAAAAAAUUCAAAAACAAUUGAUAAUAUUGUAUAUGAAACAAAUUUACCAUAUUGGACACGAUUAUUUGAAAUCAAUAUUGAAGAUGAAAAAUCAAUAAAAGAUGCAAUGGCAUCAGAGCAAAAUAAUUUACAAUUAUGUGUAUUAGCACGUGAUAGUCAAAUGAAUGUACGUAAUUGGUUUAAAAAUCAAUGUACAAUGUUUCCAAAUUUUAAUGAUGCCAAUUCUGCAACGAUUCUCAAUUGUGAUAAUCGAUUAACAAUGAUUUUAUUCACUAGUGUUUUAUUGUUACGCUUCUAUUUGUGAUUUUAAUUAAUAAUUAUUAAUAAAAUAAUAUAAACAAUGACAUAAACAUAUAGCAAUCAUUAGCCGUUCAGUUAACGGCGCCGUUCACUAGCAGCCUGAAUGAUACCGUGAAAUACAACAUCUCUUAGUUAGAAAAUUACGGUCCCUAAAUAUUUCCGAAUUCCUAAAAUUAGGGGUAAUUUUAAUUUUCAAUAGUUCAU